AUGGAAAUCUCUACUCUCGCCACGUAUCACUGCCUUGCUUUUGUCUGGUAUUUUUUUGUUGCCUACUCCAUCACACAUAUUAAAACAGAGGAACGGCCAUCUGAAGUGUUCCUUUACGGUGGGCAGUGGAAAUAUUUGACAGUCCUCAAUCUGGUUUUGCAGGCUGUCUUCUAUGGGGUGUCCUUCCUGGCUGAUGUGUUGAGACUAAUUAAGAAACUGCGAUGUGCUAAGUGCGUAAUUUCCAGCAGAGACCUUCUUUUCAGUGUCCUGGCUUUCCCAGUGUCCACAUUUGUGUGUAUAUCCUUUUGGACAUUGUAUACCUACAACCGAGAGCUGGUUUACCCCAAAAGCCUCGAUGGAGUCAUCCCGCUCUGGUUAAAUCAUGCUAUGCACACGGCUGUAUUGCCAUUUGCUCUCCUGGAAAUCCUCGCCUUGCCACAUCGUUACCCAGCAAAGAAGAAGGGAUUGAUCCUACUGGGAUUUGUCGCUUUUCUGUAUAUCAGCUGGGUCCUGUGGAUUUAUUCUGUAACGGGAGAGUGGGUAUAUCCUCUCUUUGCUUUGUUCAGCCCCCUUGGGCUAGCAGCCUUUUUUGCCGGUAGCCUUGCCAUCAUCAUCUCCUUCUACAACUUCGGAGAGUUCCUCAACCGUAUGAUAUGGGGAGAUUCAAUAGUAAUACUGGACCACAAGUGGAAAGGCAAGUGA